CAAAGAUGGCGACACCUGCAUUUACUAUAUCAGUUACGUCCAAAUAGGGAAUUAUAUUAGCAUCUUGCCGAAAUUUUCUUCACUUACCAACGACAUCGCAAUUUAUCAACGAUUGUAAGAAAACUUAGUAAAGUAGUGUCUCUGUCAUAUAAGGACUAGGCAGGAACCGUUGACUUUGGAUAGUAUUGCAGAGGGCGAUAAUACAGAUUUACAUUGGCAAGAAGCAAAUGGAAAAUCUAGAGUGAUCGUCGAGAAAUAGAUGGUUUCUAUAACAGAAUAUCCAUGAAGUAUCCAAUGCAAGAUAAGAUUAUUAAGUAUGAGCCUAAGGAGCACCAAUGUUUUGAGUACACUUACGAAAGAGCCCUAAUUCGCUCUAACUCUGCCAACGAUUGCUCUUUUCGAACAUGUGCAUUGUUCACGGUUGCAAUACUCAGUGUUGAAGUUUUGGUUGUUAUUCUAGUCGUUUUAUUUAGCGAUGACAGUGUUAAAGUUCCUCUUAACCAAAGAUAUUUUGACAACAACUUUCAAAAAUACAUCGAUGAAUAUCCUGAUAAUAUGACGAUGCAAGAAUUCUUAUUGCAGUACGAUAGUAUUUGUGAAAUAAAAGACCAUGCAAAUACCUGCCCCUGUGUAUCACCAUAUUUAAAAGGGCCAAUAAAUCUAACGAAUCCAGAUCCGGGUAAACCUGUAAAAGCCGGUGGAACGUGGCAGCCAAGCAUUUGUAAACCCCGGCAAAAAUUAGCUGUGAUUGUUCCAUUUCUCGAUAGAGAUGCCCAUUUGAAGAUCUUUUUAUCAAUACUGCAUCCGAUGCUGCAAAGACAAUUAUUGGAUUACACUAUAUUUGUUGUUGAACAAUCUAGUCCUGAGAGAUUCAACAAAGCCGCGAUAAUGAAUGCUGGUUUCUUGGAGGUGAAUAAAUUGGGAAAUUUUGAUUGCAUAAUAUUUCACGACGUUGAUAUGUUACCUGAGGAUGACAGAAAUUUUUAUGCUUGUAGUAAAAGCUUUAGACAUGUUGGUAGCCAUUUGAGCAAAUGGAAUUAUACGGUUCCCUAUAGAGCAAUAUUUGGAGGAGCUAUAUCAAUGCCACCGAAAUUAUUUCGACAGUGCAAUGGAUAUUCAAAUGACUUUUGGGGAUGGGGAGGUGAAGAUGAUGAUAUGUUCAAAAGAGUGAUUGCACAACAACUUAGAAUUUUACGAUUUCCCAAAACUGCCUCUUCAUAUCAGAUGAUAAAGCAUGAUAGAGAUAGAAGAAAUCCUCCUUUUCAAUUUGCUUAUUUAGCAAAUAGGUGGCGACCUAUUAGAUAUAAGCAAGAAGGGCUAAAUUCAGUGAAAUAUGAAGUUGAUAAAAUUGAAUAUCGACCUCUGUAUACAUGGAUUAUGAUGAAGAUCUUAAAUGCACAGAUUGGUGUAUACCCCCAAAAUUAG